CUUUGCAGCCCGCGUUCCGUCAGUGGAAGCCGUGCCAUGAAGAUCCUUUCCUAUGCCUAGGACCAACGCCGUACGGUCUUGCUGAUAUUCCCAGGGUAUCAGAGCACAUGGAAACACUACAAGAAAGCGUGAUCAGUGGGGAGCUGGCUGUCCAUGUACGCUCUGGAAUCUUGUCUCUAUUCUUUAACACGGAGGCUCUUGUUUGGAGAGUGAAUGAGUGGGGCGCCAGAGGAGACAAUAAGCAGGCAGACAGGCCAGUCUUCCAGGAGCAGAUCUUCCAAAUCAUCUACACCUCAUCUUUUUACAACCGUUCCUGGACACAAAGUUGGAGCUCGGGUUGGUUGGGAGACUUGCAGACUCAUAGCUGGGAGAGCAACUCGGGCAGAAUCAUUUUCCUGAGGCCUUGGUCAAAGGGAAACUUCAGCAAGAAGGAGAUAACAGAAGAGGAAGGAUUUUUCCGCAGAUUCCACAUUGAAUUGUAUCACAUACUUCACAACUAUGCCAGCCAAUGGAAGUUUGAAUAUCCCUUUGUGGUACAGAUGGCAACAGGCUGUGAGCUGCACUCUGGGGAAGCCAAGGAAGGCUUUGUGUGGUUUGCUUAUCAAGGAUCAGAGCUCCUGAGCUUCCAGAAUGAUUCAUGGUUGCCAUCUCCAAAGGGUGGAACUAGAGCUCAGCAGGUGUGCAGACUAUUUAAUCAGUCUAAGGGUGGCAAGAAAAUAACACAUGAACGCCUCAGUGACACUUGUCCACGUUUUCUCUUGGGUCUACUUGAUGCAGGGAAGGCAGAUCUCCAGAGACAAGUAAGGCCAGAGGCUUGGCUGUCCAUUGGCCUCAAUCCUGGUUCUGACCAUCGGAUGCUAAUUUGUCAUGUCUCUGGCUUCUACCCAAAGCCGAUUUGGGCUAUGUGGAUGCGAGGUGAGCAGGUACAACAAGGCACUCAGCGAAGGGAUGUCUUGCCCAAUGCUGAUGGGACAUGGUAUCUCAGGAUUUACUUGAAUGUGGAAACCAUUGAGACAUCUGGCCUGUCUUGCCGAGUGAGACACAGCAGUCUAGGAGGCAAGGACAUCAUCCUCUACUUGGAUAAACCCACAGAGCAUCUCAAGUCCAUGGGCUUGAUUAUCUUGGCAGUGAUGGUGCUCCUGGUGCUUCUGGCAGGUCUUGCAUUUUGGCUUAGGAAACGCUGGACACACUGUGACCCUCCUCUCACACUUACUCCCUCGGAAUGAGAUUCCAGUUGCUGAGGGACUCAGGACGCAGCGUGGUGAUGAUGUCCUUUCAACUCUUCUUGUAUACUUUUGUUAUUUUUUGUAUGUUUAUUCUUAAUGAUUAGUUGUUAAUACAAGUUAAAUGUAAUUUUGCAGGAAUUUUUUUUUUUUUGACCUGAAGUCUGAGAUUUUAAAACUCAUAUUUUAACUCUGGAUAAAAUGAGAUCAUAGCAACAUCUACAUAUUCAAAAAUUAAUGGAUAUUCAGCCUAUUUCAGAUGUCACUUCCUUCUGAUGCACUUGUGGAAACAGUAUCUGAACUAUCGCACUUGCAGUGUACCUUGCUAAAUCUUCUUUCUAGCCUUUGUUACAGCUAUAUAUGUCCCUCUUACCUUUGUAAUGUUAAGCUUCAAGAGAGCAAAGUUCAUGUCUUUUUAAUAUGAUAUCAUUGACAGAGUUUAUUAAAUGCAUGUAAUAUUUUCUCAUUAAAAACCUGUGUUGAAUUUAUGCCAAA